UAGUUUUUUUAUAUCGCCCCUAUAAUUUUCUCAGAAGUGGAAUACGGUCCUACGGUGUUCGAGACAAACGGUCUUUGGAACUGGGACAAAACGUUUAGAAUGUCGGAUGAUGAAUUUCACGGUUUCGACGAGGAAGAAGAUGGGGCUCGGGCCCUACCCAACGAUGAGGAAGAGGAUCGUCUGUUAGCCAGGUUGAUGCGCAAAUUGAUGACGGAACGAGUGCUUGGUCUCGAAACGAAUGAAGAACGCCGAGAACGCAGUCUCCAUCCCGAAGAGGUUAAAAAGCUCUUGCCAACAUUUGCCAGUGGAAAGGACGUGAAAAAGUGGUGCGCAAACGUGAAUCAUUUUAAGAUGAUGUAUAAUUGGACUGAUCAGACUACGUUACUAUACGCUAGCUGCCAACUAGAAGGAGCCGCAAGAGAAUGGUAUAAAAGCGUUCAAACGAAAAUUGCAACAUGGACCCAAUUCCAGAUGAGUAUCCAAACAGCGUUUCCAGAUGACGACAAUGAAGCGGAAAUCCAUUUGGUUAUGUCAGACAUUUGCAAGCAGAAGACAGAAAGCUACGAACACUACGUCUUCAGAGCGGAAGCACUGGCUGCUAGAGGCCAUAUGAGUGAACAGGCCAAGGUUACGUAUAUUAUUAGAGGGCUUUCAUUGGAUCCAAUAUACGAUCAGAUAUCUUCCAACCGUUUCGGAAGUUGCCUCGAGUUGCUUAAUCGAAUACGCUGGUGUGAAUCAAAUAAUACCAUUCGGCGAAAGCGCUCAGCAUUAACAACAACGACUGAAGGAGCAUCGAAGCAACAAAACACCAAUGCAGCGGCGGUCAAAAGUGGACAAAACAAUCGAAAAUGCUUCAAUUGCAACGCGUUGGGACACGUUUCAGUUGACUGCAAAUUACCGCAGCGCUUACCUCGCUGCUUAAAAUGUCAUCGCACAGGGCAUGAAGAGAGGCAGUGCAUCCAGCAGUUCCAGCAGCCCAGUAACCCGAAGCCACAACUACAACGACAGCGCCCGGCACAACAAAUUACGAACCUAGUUGAAUGUACAACGGAAGCCGAUCUCGAUGUAGAUGAAAAUGGACAAUUCCUUGGGCACCUGGAUCAGGACGACAAGACCGAGCUCAACGAUUAUCUGUAGAGAAACGGUAUCUUGAGUACAUGGCUGAACUGAAUGAUGAGGACGAACGUAAUCUACUCGAAAUUCGACAAAAUGCAGCGGCUAACGUGAAGCGUGUUCAGGAAUACAACAAACAAUAUUACGAUAGCAGAGUUACGAAUAAUACGAUUUAUAAAGAAGAUGACUUGGUCGUUAUUAGAAAUGUAGGAUCAGUGGGAGAAAACCAAAAAUUAAAACCAAAAUACAAGGGACCAUAUAUAGUCAGAAAAGUUCUAGAUCGCAAUAGAUACGUGUUAUCCGAUGUGGAUGGCUUCCAAGUAACAAAUCGCCCGUUUUUAGGAAUUUUCGACCCGAGUAAUAUGAAACUAUACCAAAAAGCUACUUUGGCUGACAGUUCUUUGGUUGAGAGUAGCUCUGACGAAUCUAGUUAAACGUAUUUAAGAUGAGCAAGUUGAAAACUUCUUUUAUUGAGGUCAAUAAAAUGGUCAGGAUGGUCGAACUGUAGUAGAGGAAAAAAAAAAUAAUAACCCUGUUAUAGAACAGACUUAAUCAAAUGUAAUUACAACCCUGUUAUGUCGCAGUAGCUAUAUUCUAGCAGUUACAGCAGUUUAAAAAUAAGAGAACAAAGAAAACGGUUUUUCUUCAGAACUAAUACGUUUUUUGUGAGAAGCUGUAAUAAAUAAAAGUUGUCCCGUAAAGUAGUUUUUUUUUAUCGCC